AUGAACCACUAUCCCCAAGCCUGGGGACGGCCCAGAGACGAUGUCUACGGCCCUUACGAUCACUCCUACGUCCAACAAUCACAUCCAACUACCCAUACACAGUCACCCGCCGUCACUGGCACAUCAGUAAUAGGUGUUAAGUUCCGCGAUGGCGUCGUGUUAGCCACCGAUAAUCUAGCAUCAUACGGCUCCCUCGCCCGCUUCACCGACGUCAAACGCCUGCGCACCUUUCCCCCCUCCACGCUAAUCGGCUUCGGCGGAGACGUCUCAGACAUGCAAUACAUCGACCGCCUCCUCAACUCGCUCGACGUACACGAACACUACCUCUCCUCCGACCACACUCUCAACGCAUCCAACAUCCACACCUACCUCUCCAAAGUCUUCUACAAGCGCCGCUCGGACUUCAACCCCCUGUGGAACCAAAUCCUCGUCGCGGGCUUCGAUGCUCAAGACCAACCUUUCCUCGCGUCGGCAGAUCUGCUGGGAACAACGUUUAGCGCGCCGACGCUGGCAACGGGGUUUGGUGCGCACUUGGCGCAGCCCAUAUUGCGCAAAUUGAUGCCGAAGGAUGAGGAGAGUGUGAAGGAUGUGGGAAGGGAGGAAGCGGUGGAGGCCGUGAAGGCGUGUAUGAAGGUGUUGUUCUACCGGGAUGCGAGGAGUCUGGAUCGGUAUAGUAUUGCGGUGGUGACGAAAGAAGGAAUUGAGUUGAAGGAGGAUGAGAAGCUGGAGAACCAGAGUUGGGCGUUUGCGGAUCGGGUGAAGGGGUAUGGCACGCAGACGGUCUGA